AUGUCAAACGCAAAUCAUACACGUGAGCCUAAUACAUCUGGAGAUGAUUUAGGAAGUACUGACGAAGUUAAAAUAUUUAAAGAUGAAGGGGAUCGUGAUGAUGAAACAGUGUCAUCCGAAAAUCUAUUGGAAGAAAAAUCUAGUUUAAUCGAUUUAACCGAAAUAGCAGAAAAAUGUCAUCUACCCGCAAGAUCAAGCCUAAGUCCAGUUUGUAACAAGAUGUCUACCAACGAAUCUGAAUAUAAUAUGAGUUAUCUGGUAUCCCCAUAUACUUACACAAGUAAUUCCGGAAAUGGUCUGACUGUUUCGAUGGCUAAUAAGCUAAGUUUGCAAUGCUUCUUUGGACACAACGGGGAUCAUUUAACAACUCCUCCACCUGCUCACUGUGGUAUUCCGCCAUAUCAGUUAGAUGUGAAAUCCAUGGGAUUUACAAGAGCAUCGCUGUAUUCUUUUCCUUCUGGCCAAUAUCCUUAUACUUUAUUAAGUCCGGAAAUAUCUCAAGUUACAUCUUGGCAUACCUCAUCUGCUUAUUCAUCAGCGUCCAGUUUUCGAAGUACUUACUGUCCAACCCUACCAAAUGAAUUGACUAGCGAAUUUCCAUUUCGAUUUUCACCUAGCAUCCUUCCUUCAGUGCACACAUCACCAUAUCAUGUGAUUAACUCACAUCAAACUGUAGUGCCACCGUUAUCUAAGCAAAAUGCAAGCAAUGAAAUCAGCCUCGAUGAUAUAAGUCCAAAAAAUUUGGGCUGCAAAAACUUGAAAACUUUUAAUAGUAUUGAUAAAAGUAAUGACAUUGCAAUUGACAAAAAAAAACCCCACAUAAAAAAACCACUUAAUGCCUUUAUGCUGUAUAUGAAAGAAAUGAGAGCGAAAGUCGUAGCAGAAUGCACCCUUAAAGAAUCAGCAGCUAUUAAUCAAAUCUUGGGUAGACGAUGGCAUGAACUUUCUCGUGAGGAGCAGGGCAAAUACUAUGAAAAAGCACGUCAAGAACGUCAAUUACAUAUGGAACUUUAUCCAGGUUGGAGCGCACGAGACAACUACGGUUAUGUAUCAAAGAAAAAAAAACGUAAAAAGGAAAAACAGUCAGCAGAUUUAAGAAAAACUUCUUUAAAAAAAUGUUAGGAUUAAUGAAAUGUUUGCUGAAAUAAUAUAAUACCACGGGUUAUAUAAAUCACAUCUAACUUAAGAUUGUUGGGCAUAACAGUACAGCAGUCGUAGUACCUGCUUUAUGUAAAGGCAAAUAGUUUCAUAUACAUGGAUCGAAACGAUAUUACUAUUUGAUUUUAUAUUGUCAAAAAUUACAACCAUAGUUUUCCGCGUGGAUUACUUCUGCUUCGAUAUACACAUACAUUCGAUAAUUUCUAUGAGUUGAA